UCAUGGGUCGUCCUCCUCCGGAACACGAUUCCGGCGGCCGAGCAUGGGCCUUUUCAGAAUCCGGCUAGGACAUGCGUGCCAGUGUGCGCCGCCCCGCCCAUCCCUGUCGCCACCAACCUGGGAUCAUCGUACUGCCCCAUGCCCUUCCCGUGCAUAACGCCAUCCAGAAGGGAGGGCGCAAACGCACGAGGCCACGUUCCCCCAGGCUUCCCCUUCCGGCGUCUGCUUUCCCCGUCUGCGCGCCUCGUUUCUUCCACCGCGCGCGCAGCGAGCGCAGGGCAUGAGCCAAUCCGCCCCGGCCCGUGCAGCCAGCCCAACACAACAACGGCCGCCACCUUUCGUUUUCCCAGCGCCACCCAGCCAAGCCAGCCUUUGACCACCGGUUCCCACUCCAACCUUCUUCCCUUCUUCUCCCUGUGUACAGGCCAGGGAGAGCUUGAGCCUUGAGCUCCACGAUAACCUCAGGGAUCCAGCCAGCAUUGGACGGGCGCAACGCAAUGGCGGAGCUGCUGCGAGCGGCCGAUUUCUUUGACCUGCGCGCGGCAGCGCCGUUCGUGGCGGCGGCGGUGGCGCUCUACUUCCUGGCUGAGCAGCUGUCCUACCUCCGCAAGAAAGGCCCCCUGCCAGGCCCGUCGCUCGUCGUGCCGUUCCUCGGCAGCGCCGUGCGCAUGAUCCGCGACCCCACGGGGUUCUGGGACGUGCAGGCCGCGCGGGCCAGGGAGUCCGGCGCCGGGCUCGCCGCGGACUUCCUCUUCGGCCGCUUCAUCGUCUUCAUCCGCGACUCCGAGCUGUCCCACCGCGUCUUCGCCAACGUCCGUCCCGACGCCUUCCACCUCAUCGGCCACCCCUUCGGCAAGAAGCUCUUCGGCGACCACAACCUCAUCUACAUGUUCGGCGAGGACCACAAGGACCUGCGCCGCCGGAUCACGCCCAACUUCACGCCGCGCGCGCUCUCCACCUACGCCGCCAUCCAGCAGCGCGUCAUCCUGGCUCACCUCCGGAGGUGGCUCGACCAGAGCGCCGCCACCGGCGAGGCCAUGCCCAUACGGGUGCCCUGCCGCGACAUGAACCUGGAGACGUCGCAGACGGUGUUCGUGGGCUCCUACCUCACCGAGAAGGCGAGGGAGAGGUUCGCCAAGGACUACGCCCUCUUCAACCUCGGCCUCAUGACCGUCCCCGUUGACCUGCCCGGGUUCGCGUUCCGGCGCGCGAGGCUGGCCGUGGCGCGGCUUGUGCGCACGCUCGGAGAGUGCGCGCGGAAGAGCAAGGCGCGCAUGCGCGCCGGCGGCGAGCCGGAGUGCUUGGUGGACUACUGGAUGCAGGAGACGCUGCGGGAGAUGGACGAGGCCGCAGCGGCGGGGCGGCCGCCGCUGGCGCACACCGACGACGAGGAGUUUGGGGGCUUCCUCUUCGACUUCCUGUUCGCCGCCCAGGACGCGUCCACAUCCUCGCUCUGCUGGGCAGUCUCCGCCCUGGACUCCCACCCGGACGUGCUCGCCCGCGUGCGCGCCGAGGUGGCCACGGUCUGGUCGCCGGAGUCCGGCAAGCCCAUCACCGCCGAGAAGAUCCAGGCGAUGAAGUACACCCAGGCGGUGGCGCGGGAGGUGGUGCGCUACCGCCCGCCGGCGACGCUGGUGACGCACGUCGCCGGCGAGCCGUUCCAGCUGACGGAGUGGUACACGGUGCCCAAGGGGGCCAUCGUGUUCCCGUCGGUGUACGAGUCGUCGUUCCAGGGGUUCACCUCGCCGGACGCGUUCGACCCGGAGCGCUUCUUCUCGGAGGCGCGCAGGGAGGACGUGGCUUGCAAGCGCAACUUCCUGGCCUUCGGCGCCGGCGCCCACCAGUGCGUCGGGCAGCGGUACGCCCUGAACCACCUCGUGCUGUUCCUGGCGCUGUUCGUGACCGUCGCCGACUUCCGGCGGGACAGGACGGCCGGGUGCGACGAGCCGGUGUACAUGCCGACCAUCGUGCCCAGGGAUGGCUGCGCCGUGUACAUGGAGCAGCGCUGUGACACGUUCCCAUCGUUCUGAGCUGGUCCGGCUUCCUUGUCUUGUCCCCUUCGCCCACAGAUUUCCUCUGUCUCUCGUCCCUUCCUCAUUCGUUUACGUUUUCUAUUCAUCUGGUCAUGUCAAUGUGAUGAUUGUUGUCUCGCCCGGGUUGGUCCAUUCAUCAAUUUAUUAUUUUGUUUGUCA